AUGGCUGCCCUUUUCACCAUUGACUCAACCUUCGUUCCUUUAAUUGUUGCUUAUUUCUUCCUUUACAUUUAUUUACGUUUCCCUCCCACAAACUUUGUCCAUCCUUUUUCUCAGAACAUUUCGCCAGAGCUCAACAAGUAUCGUUACUGGGACACGAGCCCAUUUAACAGCAGUGAAGUUUUGGCACCUUUAGUUAACUUCUAUGAGAAUUACCGGAUUGCCCCAGAAUACAAUCUCGCAACAUGUCAAAUACAGAAGAGUUUGUCUACACUACGCGCUGGAAUAUUCUGUGUGCUCUACGACACUCCGGGUUUCUUGGAACAGAAUCUCAGCAUUAGUGAGUUGGACUGGUACACUAUGUCAUGUGGCAAUAAGAAUGAAUAUUUCAAUAUAGAAGCCGUUCAUCAGCAACUGAAACCAAACUUUGGAAACUUCGCUGUAGUCAGAGACCCAGUCGACAGGUUCAUUAGUGGUUUCGUGGAUAAAUGCGUAAAUGAGGCUGACAGAGGAUUUUGCUAUGGAUGCAACAAAGAUCUUCACUGUUUCACAAUAACUCAAUACAAUCGCUUCAAAGCUUACACUAUGGGCCAGCUGGGAGAGGAGAAAAUGGGAUUUGAAGACAUCCAUUUCGCACCUCAGACAUGGUACUGCCGUUUCAAUGAAUAUUUCUCAUCUUAUCGUUUUAUACGAUACGAAAAUGGUCAACGAAUCGCAAAAAUGUCUGACAGUUUACAGCAAAUAUUAGAAGAAAAUGGAGUUGAGGAGCCAUUACGGAAAAUCAUUGAGAAGGAGACGUUAAAAGGGCGCACAUAUCACACAACUCAUGGGUCAUCCAUUCGUCAACAAUAUGAGAAUGAACUCUACAAUUCUCCCGAUCUACUACAAUUAAUCUCGAAAAUGUUUUAUUUCGAUUUCAUAAUGUUCGAUUAUCCAUUCCCUAAGCUCCAUAAUGCUUGA